AUGGAUUAUUACUAUGGCAGCCAAAACGCACAGAUACCUUCGUGCACCGGCAUCUGCGUUGGGCAGCCCUUGCUUCUUUCGACGCUGCGUGUACUGACCAGUAUAGCCCGAGCUCAUGCAUCAGACAAGGCCAAUACACGCAAACUUGAGCCUGGAAAAGUUGAUGUGCUUACAGGCGAAAUUUGUCGAAGACAUUCGAUGCCACCACAUGGCAUUUAUGACGAGUCAAAUAAUAUACCAUCUACGAGCCCCAUCAUAGCCCUACACCCAGCAACAGUCUUCCCCUCUUCGCGCCGCCAGUACGCCUCGCAAGAGAUUUCAGAUUUCUUGAAGAGCUCUUCGUAUGCGGAAAGAGUGCAACUUGUUGACGACAGCCUUGGCGAGGGCAUAGAAAAGGCAAAAGCACGCGAAGCAGAAAUCCCACCAGACCCUACCCUAUCUCCCGAAAAGGCUCUGCGUCUCCCCCGUGCCGUCCAAGCCGCCUACCUACGUCCCCUCCGGCGCCAACCCACCUACGGCGUGCCGACGUGCGAUCUCCAGCUGCGUUCCUACAGCAUCCGCAACCUCGAGUUCUUUGCUGACUUCGCGCUGCGCGCAGCCUACUAUCUGGGCCUCCCUGCCUACGGGCCGGUGCCGCUGCCGAGGAUCAUGGAGCGGUGGACGGUGCCGAGGGGGUCGUUCAUCCACAAGAAGAGCCAGGAAAACUUUGAGCGAAAGACGGUCAGGCGCCUUAUUCAGAUCAAGGAUGGGGAAGCGGAGGCGCAGGAGUUGUGGUUGGCGUUUUUGAGGAAACAUGCUUAUUAUGGGAUUGGUAUGAAGGCUAACGUUUGGGAGUUUACGAAGAUUGGUGUUGGCAAGGAAAUGGAUGCUCAAGUCGAGGCUAUGAGGGGCGAUUUGGAGAAGACGCUGGGAAAUUUUGCGUUCAAGAAGGAUUCCGAGACUGGCAAGAGGGCUAUUGAGGUUAUCAACAGGCAGAACUUCAGGAUGGCACAGGGUGGAAGUGCACCUAUGGCUAAGAGAUGA